AUGGAUCAAUUCAGAACCAAGGGAGGGGGCGAGCAGGGGCUUCAGCCCCCCUUUGGUGCCGGAAAUAUCGCUGUGAGCUUGCCAGCUUGUGAUGUGCUCUGCAAGUUGCAGCUCCGGUCAGUGGAUCAUCGUCUUGUUAAGAUGCUAUGGGGACAAGGAUAUGAUGGAGCUUCAAAUAUGUCAGGUGAAUUUAAUGGUUUGAAGGCACUUAUCCUUAAAAGAAAUCCAUAUGCAAGAUAUAUCUAUUGUUUUGCUCAUCAACUCCAAUUAGAGAUUGUUGUUGUUGCUAAAAACAAUCGAAUUAGGUAUAGCGGCAAGUUUGAUACAAAAAUGGAAAAUUAUCAAUUUGUGUUUGUGAUGUAUUUGAUAAGGCAUUUAUUGGGGAUCACAAAUGAGUUAUCACUUGCCUUACAAGAAAAGGAUCAAAUUAUUGUUCAAGCUAUGCGUUUAAUUGAAGUUGUGAGGGCUCGACUUCAAGACUUUAGGAAGACAGGAUGGGAGUCAUUUUUGGAGGAAGUUAGAUAUUUUUGUGAAGAAAACUCAAUCCCGAUACCUAAUAUGAAGGAUAAUAUGCAAAUCCGUGGUCGUUCCAGACAGGAAAGGCAAGUCAUUACUCAUUUUCACCAUUAUCGUGGUGAGAUUUUUUGCGAGGUUAUUGAUUUAAUUGCGCAAGAAAUGCAAAACCAUUUCCCAGAAGCUAGUAUGGAGUUACUUCUUCUCAUGUCAUGCCUUGAUCCAAUUGCAACAGCUAGUGUUGAGAGGGUGUUUUCAGUUAUGAAUGUUGUGAAAACUGACUUGCGGAAUAAAAUGGGAGAUGAGUGGAUGAAUGAUAGUCUGGUUGUGUAUAUCGAGCGGGAGGUUUUUGCAACUAUUGACAAUGAAGUAAUUCUACAACGCUUUCAAAAAAUGCAAACUCAAAGGAUGCAACUACCUCCUCUUAGUGGCAUACCUCGCAUUUCUAGCAUUGACGCUGGGAUUGGUUCUAGUUCAAGCAUCCAUCGAUAG